CCAGGCUGCAGGAGGGGAGUGGAAGCUAAUUUUACUUGCUGGGAGCAAGCAGUGUAAUCUUCCUGUCCCCACACCCGCCCCCGCCUGGCUGCCUCAGCGGGACAGGCUCAACUAGGCCCAGUCCCCAAGGCGGGGGGCAUUGGGGACGCAGGGAGGAGAGGGCAGUGGGGUGGGGGAGCAGGGAAGAGCAAGGUUGCCAGGGAAGCCAUGGAGCCGUCCUCACCCCAGGACGAGGGACUGAGGAAAAAGCAGCCCAAGAAGCCUGUGCCUGAGCUUCUGCCAAGGCCACCCCGGGCCUUGUUCUGCCUGACCCUCCAGAACCCCCUGAGGAAGGCCUGCAUCAGCAUCGUGGAAUGGAAACCCUUCGAGACCAUCAUCUUGCUUACAAUCUUUGCCAACUGCGUGGCCCUGGCCGUGUACCUGCCCAUGCCUGAAGAUGACAACAAUGCUCUGAACCUCGGCCUGGAGAAACUGGAGUAUUUCUUCCUCAUCAUCUUCUCCCUUGAAGCUGCCAUGAAGAUCAUUGCCUAUGGCUUCCUAUUCCACCAGGAUGCCUACCUGCGCAGUGGCUGGAAUGUGCUGGACUUCACCAUCGUCUUCCUGGGGGUCUUCACAGCGAUUCUGGAACAGGUUAAUGUCAUCCAAAGCAACACGACCCCGCUGAGCAGCAAAGGAGCUGGCUUGGACGUCAAGGCCCUGAGAGCCUUCCGCGUGCUCAGACCCCUCCGGCUGGUGUCGGGGGUGCCCAGCUUGCAGGUGGUCCUCAACUCCAUCUUCAAGGCCAUGCUUCCCCUGUUCCAUAUUGCCCUGCUCGUCCUCUUCAUGGUCAUCAUCUAUGCCAUCAUUGGACUGGAGCUCUUCAAGGGCAAGAUGCACAAGACCUGCUACUUCAUUGGGACAGACAUCGUGGCCACGGUGGAAAAUGAGAAGCCUUCACCCUGCGCCCGGACUGGCUCUGGGCGCCCAUGUACCAUCAAUGGCAGCGAGUGCCGGGGCGGCUGGCCGGGGCCCAAUCAUGGCAUCACCCACUUUGACAACUUCGGCUUCUCCAUGCUCACCGUGUACCAGUGCAUCACCAUGGAAGGGUGGACUGAUGUCUUGUACUGGGUCAAUGAUGCCAUUGGGAAUGAGUGGCCCUGGAUCUAUUUCGUCACCCUCAUUCUGCUCGGAUCCUUCUUCAUCCUCAACCUGGUGCUGGGCGUCCUGAGUGGGGAAUUCACCAAGGAGCGAGAGAAGGCCAAGUCCAGGGGGACCUUCCAAAAGCUCCGGGAGAAGCAGCAGCUGGAGGAAGACCUUCGAGGCUAUAUGAGCUGGAUCACGCAGGGCGAGGUCAUGGAUGUGGAAGACUUGAGAGAAGGGAAACUAUCUUUGGAUGAAGGUGGCUCCGACACAGAGAGCCUAUAUGAAAUCGAGGGCUUGAACAAAGUCAUCCAGUUCAUCCGGCACUGGAGGCAGUGGAACCGUGUCUUCCGCUGGAAAUGCCAUGACUUAGUGAAAUCCAAGGUCUUCUAUUGGUUGGUGAUCUUGACUGUUGCCCUUAACACUCUGUCCAUCGCCUCAGAGCACCACAACCAGCCACUUUGGUUGACCCAUUUGCAAGAUGUCGCCAACAGGGUGCUGCUGGUCCUGUUCACUGUCGAGAUGCUAAUGAAGAUGUAUGGCCUGGGCCUACACCAGUACUUCAUGUCCAUCUUCAACCGCUUCGACUGCUUUGUGGUGUGCAGCGGCAUCCUGGAGCUCCUGCUGGUGGAGUCAGGCGCCAUGACUCCCCUGGGCAUCUCUGUGCUCCGCUGCAUCCGCCUCCUGAGGAUCUUCAAGAUCACCAAGUACUGGACAUCACUGAGCAACCUGGUGGCAUCCCUGCUCAACUCCAUCCGCUCCAUCGCCUCUCUACUGUUGCUGCUUUUCCUCUUCAUCGUCAUCUUCGCCCUGCUGGGCAUGCAGCUCUUUGGGGGCAGGUACGACUUCGAGGACACGGAGGUGCGGCGCAGCAACUUUGACAACUUCCCCCAGGCCCUCAUUAGCGUCUUCCAGGUCCUGACAGGUGAAGACUGGACCUCCAUGAUGUAUAAUGGGAUCAUGGCUUACGGAGGGCCAUCCUACCCUGGUGUGCUUGUGUGCAUUUAUUUCAUCAUCCUUUUCGUCAGUGGCAACUAUAUCCUGCUCAAUGUCUUCCUGGCCAUUGCUGUGGACAACCUGGCUGAGGCAGAGAGCCUGACUUCUGCCCAGAAGGCCAAGGCUGAGGAGAGAAAACGAAGAAAGAUGUCCAAGGGUCUCCCGGACAAGUUGGAGGAGGAGAAGGCCAUAACAGCCAAGAAGAUGGAGCAGAAGCCCAAGGGAGAGGGAAUCCCUACUACUGCCAAGCUGAAAAUUGAUGAGUUUGAAUCUAACGUCAACGAGGUAAAGGACCCCUACCCCUCAGCUGACUUCCCAGGGGAUGAUGAAGAAGAUGAGCCUGAGAUCCCAGUGAGCCCCCGACCCCGUCCCCUGGCUGAACUGCAGCUGAAAGAGAAGGCAGUGCCAAUUCCAGAAGCUAGCUCCUUCUUCAUCUUCAGCCCCACCAAUAAGAUCCGUGUACUGUGUCAUCGCAUCGUCAAUGCCACUUGGUUCACCAACUUCAUCCUGCUCUUCAUCCUGCUCAGCAGCGCUGCUCUGGCGGCUGAGGAUCCCAUCCGAGCUGAGUCAGUGAGGAAUCAGAUCCUUGGGUAUUUUGACAUCGCGUUCACCUCUGUCUUCACUGUGGAGAUUGUCCUCAAGAUGACCACCUAUGGGGCCUUCCUGCACAAGGGCUCCUUCUGCCGGAACUACUUCAACAUCCUGGACCUGCUGGUGGUGGCUGUAUCCCUCAUCUCCAUGGGACUUGAGUCCAGUACCAUCUCCGUGGUGAAGAUCCUGAGGGUGCUGAGGGUGCUCCGACCGCUGCGAGCCAUCAACAGAGCCAAAGGGCUGAAGCACGUGGUACAGUGUGUGUUCGUGGCCAUCCGCACCAUCGGGAAUAUCGUCCUGGUCACCACCCUCCUGCAGUUCAUGUUUGCCUGCAUUGGUGUCCAGCUCUUCAAGGGGAAGUUCUUCAGCUGCAAUGAUGCUUCCAAGAUGACGGAAGAGGAGUGCAGGGGCUACUACUAUGUGUACAAGGACGCAGACCCCAUGCAGAUAGAGCUGCGUCCCCGCCAGUGGAUACACAGCGACUUCCACUUCGACAAUGUGCUCUCAGCCAUGAUGUCACUCUUCACAGUCUCCACCUUUGAGGGAUGGCCUCAGCUCCUGUACAAAGCCAUAGACUCAAAUCAGGAGGACACGGGCCCCAUCUACAACAACCGCGUGGAGAUGGCCAUCUUUUUCAUCAUCUACAUCAUCCUCAUUGCCUUCUUCAUGAUGAAUAUCUUCGUGGGCUUUGUCAUCGUCACCUUCCAGGAGCAGGGCGAGACUGAGUACAAGAACUGUGAGCUGGACAAGAACCAGCGCCAAUGUGUACAGUAUGCUCUGAAGGCCCGCCCACUGAGGUGUUACAUCCCCAAGAACCCGUACCAGUACCAGGUGUGGUAUGUCGUCACCUCCUCCUACUUUGAGUACCUGAUGUUUGCCCUCAUCAUGCUCAAUGCGAUCUGCCUGGGCAUGCAGCACUACAACCAGUCAGAGGAGAUGAACUACAUCUCAGACAUCCUCAACGUGGCCUUCACCAUCAUCUUCACUCUGGAGAUGAUCCUCAAGCUCGUGGCAUUCAAAGCCAGGGUGAGUGCCUGGUGACAGGGCCAGCUG